AUGGCGUUGCCUGUAAUUUCAAGAAGGAUACGAUAUGCUGCUGUCAUGUACUUGACUUUCUUAUUUCAAACAUGUGAUGGGUUUUAUCUUCCCGGAAGCUACAUGCAUACAUACUCAAUAGGGGAUGAAAUAUAUGUCAAGGGUUCUGAUCAUGAGUAUGAAGGAGCUGCAGCGGAGGUAAUUGGUACUGGGGAAGAAGGUAUGGAUCUUAUUUCUCGAGCAGAUAAAAACAAGACUUCAGGGUAUGAGAUUAUAGUUUUUGAGGUGGUCUUUUGCAGUGUAAAAUAUGAUCCUGAGAAGAUGGCAAAACUCCACAUUUAUGACAAUUUUACAACAAUAGCCAUCUCGAUGGGAUGCUUAUCUCAAAAUGGAGGGAGCCCCGUGUUCAGAGAACCAAAUCAUUCGAUGCUACUUUGUGUGAUGAUUGGGGAUGGAGUUCAGAUUACUGGGAUGGCAGUUGUAUCUAUCUUUUGUGCAGCUCUUGGUUUCAUGUCACCAGCUUCACGGGUGCCACUUACUCUCUCAGGAGGAUUAUUGGGCACCCGAGCUGAGCCUAUUCAGUAUCCAGUUCGAACUAAUCAAAUCCCUAGAGAGAUUCCUGCACGCAAAUAUCCGUCAUGGCUUCUCAUUCUUGGUGCUGGAACUCUUCCAUUUGGAACCCUCUUUAUUGAACUUUUCUUCAUCCUCUCUAGCAUAUGGCUUGGAAGGUUCUAUUACGUCUUUGGAUUCCUGCUUAUUGUCCUUAUUUUGUUGGUUAUUGUCCGUGCUGAAGUUUCUGUUGCCUCACAUACAUGCAUCUCUGUGAUGAGGAUUGGAUGUGGUGGUGGAAAGUAUUCUAUGCAUCAAGUUAUCAUAUUUGGUCAGUGGAAGAAUUCUAGUUUGCAGGGUACAGAAAAUUCCACAGCAGCAUGA